CACUCCUCUGUUUAGAGUGAAAAAUGACUGGGAGAAGCCCGCACUAUGGUUUCCAGUCGGCCACGACGGUGCAGCCUGCCAAUGGAGGACACGCCUACCUAUUUGGGAACAGCUCUGAGAAUGAUCUCUCGGAGGAGGAUGGUGAGAGCUACGAGCUGCGCUCCCGAGGCCGGGACAGGCUGCGCAGGAGCACCUCCAGGGAGAGGUCGGACGACAUUGUCCACCUGGUCCGAGACAUCAAAGAAGGGGACACUCUGAAUAGCUUCUCCCUGCAGUACCACUGCUCAGUAAGUCAACCCUAAUCCCUGUCUUACUCUCUAAUGACAAGGCCCUUACAGACAGACCAGUUUAGACUUCUCACACCACUUUUUUUUUUGCUACACAUGUAAAGUGAAAUCCUUUGUUUUGUCUGUGCACCGUAGGUAGCGGACAUCAAGAGGGCCAACAACCUGUUGACAGAGCAGGACUUCUUUGCGCUGAGAUCCAUCAAGAUCCCUGUGAAACGCUUCAGCGUGCUGACAGAGACCCACAGCACCACGCCUCUCAAAUCUGCCUCCCCCACAGGUCCCCGACGUUUCCCCCAGCCCCCCAUCUCCACAGAGAUCUCCACAGACGACUCCUCGUCCACAGACAGCGUGGGCAGCUUCCUGCAGGAGAAGGACAAGGACAUCGAGCUCCUGGUCAAGUCCUCCGGCACCUCCAGAAUCAGCCUGAACGAGGUGGUCUCCUCCCUGACCCUCCAGCAGCCCUUGCUACUGGGGGAGCCUGACUUCAAGCCUGUCCUCAGGAAGGACCCCUACCAUGGGGCAGACUGGGGCAUGAGGUGGUGGACGGCGGUGGCCAUAAUGGUGGUGGUUGUCAUCGUCACUCCAGUGUUCUACCUGCUGUACUACGAGGUGCUGAUGAAGGCGGACGUUAGCCACCACACCACCACCACACCGUCGACCAAUCCCAAGGGCAUGCAGCAUGCCCAGAUGCCUGAGCCUGUGGAAAUCAAUGGAAAGCCCAACUCAGGACCUCAGGCUGGAAACGCACCCAAACCAGACUCACAGAGACACAACGAGGUGGAUGACCACCCUGGCCCUAAGAAAGAGAAAACGUAGUGAGGGAUUGAGACAAACUGAAGGAGCGGGAGAUAUCUGAACAAUUAUGAAAAAAGAGAUUCUCAAAGCUCUCUGAGAAUCACUUUAUGGGGAACAGAAUCCAUUGGGAAAUGAUGGAGAGGGGAAAAUGAGGACAAUCUGUUGAAUUCUUUCAGUGGACAUUUUUAAAGCAAGUGUUUUUGCACAGUGGGACCCAACUUCUUGUUCCUCUUGCCAGCUGAUGGGACUGUUUCCACCAUAACACUGUCUGAAGUGGGGUUUGUUCUUGGUCAAAACAGUACUGAUUUCUGCCACUUAUCACUUAAAAUAAGUAAUUAUUUGUGGAAUAUUUACAAUAUCAGUAUUGAAGUUGUCUAAAAAUUGUUGUCUAAUUUUUUUUUGGAACAUUGCUUGAAUAUUUUUGCCUGUCUGGGGAGAACUGCAUUUGGACUCAGUUUCUACUAAGGGCAAGGGUGACGAAACGGGUAAUGCACAGUGUUGCCCAACACUAGCUAGGUAUAUUCCAGUGAAAUGUUAUAUUGUAGUUCCUCAUCACUAUGUCCAUUUCAUAUGAUGAAAUCAUAAUGUGUUAUGAACAGUAUGUGCCUUCAACCUGUGGAACACUAAGGCUGCUUAGACACAGACAUCCCAAUUGAUAUUUU